AUGGGUAUAUCAAACCAGUCCUUGCCGGAAUGUUACUCCCGUUAUCUCGCCACCACACUUGGACGUGAUAAGCUGUUGCGUCUAGUUCAGUAUGCGUCUCAAGUGUGCUCCUGGUUCUUCCGUAUGCAAGGCCUCGACCCCGCUGGCUUCAACCGAAUCAAGGGUCAUAUGUCAUUGACGCGGAAGAUCCUGCGCCUGGGCAAGACAAUCGACUUCUGGUUCGCGGCUUUGGACACCGCGAAGCGCGCGGGAACUACGGUAUCGGCGGCGCCUCAGUUUGCCUCUAUCGCCCAGUCUCUGGCCUUGAUGUGCUACUGCACCCUUGAUGCGGCCACGCUUCCAGAGGCAAUGGGCUUCCCUAUCCGUAAGCGCACGAAGAAGGUCCAAAAGCAGGCCACUGGGUUUUGGUGCCUGGCUAUCAUUUGCAGCCUUCUUGUCCGUGUACACACUCUAUACACGUCUCCAAAGGUCCAGAAGGAGCUUGCUAUCGAGAAGGAACCCAAAAAGUCCGAGACAGAGCAAGUCAAGAGGUACGUAUCGCCAUUUGAGAGAACCAAUGAAGUUGAAGAAGAUGAAAAGGAACUCCACAUAUCAGAUAUUCCUCCAAGUCUCUCCCACCUCUUCCAAUGGCCCUUUGUGCUGACAGUUCGGCCGCAGGAUGUAUGUAACUACCAAGACACUACUCCUUUCUGA